ACCCAGUCCGUUCGACAGACACUACGAAUUUUAAUCUCGAACAAAGUGGUAAUCAAAAGAGCUCCUAAAAAAAUUAUCGUUUUACUAUUUUAACUAUUUUUAAAGAUGUCUGACUAUAUUGCACCUGACGACGUCACCUACUCUAGUGAGCAACUUGAUGUCGUGAGAGACAACAUCAGAAGUGGCAUCUACACGGUUUGCCGGAGACGUGGCGACUUUGACGACAUCUGGCAGAUAUUUGGACGCGUCCUGGAUAUGAGUGGUGAAAGAGUGAAGAAUGUGGUGGCUUGCCGAAUAUGCGAAACGCCUUUUCCGUAUUACCCGCUUCAGGGUACGGAUCAUCUUAGACAACACACAUGCUAUUUGAUGUAUCCGGAUGAACCAACGCCGAUUUCCUUUGUGGCUGGAAACUUUAAUAUGUAUAUGUGAGAAAUGAUAUUGGCAAUGGAUUGAUUUAAGGAAAACGGAACAUGAAUGGAUUCUUAAGAAUGGAAAAACAAAAAUUUUGAUGGUUCAACCUGCGUGGUGCCUGUGACUUUGGCUUUUUAUAAUUUUGAUAAUGGGUUAAAAUUUUAAGUUUAAUUAUAAUGAAACUAGGAACCCUUUGAAGUCGGUGUAUCAAGUUAUGGCUUUCAAGUUUAUCUGAAUCACUUGGUUUUCUUGGCUUUGGAAUGCCAGUCACUUUCUGUAUUUGUUGUCAUGUUUCUGUUUUUUGUUUUUGCUGCUGCUGCUACUGCUACACUUGCCCCAAAUCGAAGCUAUAAAAGUAAUUAAGAUAACGA